UCACAGAUUGGGAGAGAAGGAAAAGGAGAGCAGCGGGGAAUCACCCAGGCUCGGGGUGGUAGAGCCAAAACAUAUCGCUAAGAAAUGGCCGGAGGGUUGUGUUGGACCCGAAGCUGGACAGUGCCCAUUCUCAUUCUAGGGCUUUGCGCUAUUUCUAGUCGGGCUGAGGAGGACAACUUUAGUGCAGAGUCUUGGCUACAGACGUAUGGAUACAUUCCUCAAGGUGGCUUACGAAUGUCCACGAUGAGAUCAGCGCAGACACUCUCCAAUGCCAUUGCUAACAUGCAGAGGUUCUACGGAAUUCAAGUAACAGGGGAACUGGAUGAAAACACAAAACUGUGGAUGAAGAAACCCCGCUGUGGUGUUCCUGACAACUUUGGUACAGAAAUCAAGACAAAUCUGCGUCGUAAACGGUAUGCCCUCACAGGACAAAAGUGGAACCGGGAACGUGUCACAUUCAGUAUUCAGAACUAUACACCCAAAGUGGGGGAACAUAAGUCAUACCAGGCCAUCCGGAAGGCUUUUUCAGUCUGGCAGAAAGCUACACCAUUAAUCUUUGAAGAGAUUCCUUAUUACGAUAUUCGAUAUGGCCGCAGGAAGAAUGCAGACAUCGUGGUCUUCUUUGCCUCUGGUUUCCAUGGGGACAGUUCCCCAUUUGAUGGUGAGGGUGGUUUCCUUGCUCAUGCCUAUUUCCCUGGCCCUGGAAUGGGUGGCGACACGCAUUUUGAUUCAGAUGAGCCCUGGACACUGGAUAACAUUGACCUUCAGGGAAAUGACCUGUUCCUUGUGGCAGUACAUGAGUUGGGCCAUGCUCUGGGCCUAGAACAUUCGAAUAACCCAAGUGCCAUUAUGGCACCCUUUUACCAAUGGAUGGAUACAGAGAAAUUUGUGCUUCCAGAAGAUGAUCUGAGGGGGAUACAGCAAAUUUAUGGUCCACCAGAUAGCAAACCCAAACCUACAAAUUCAUUGCCAACUGUGACACCACGGAGACCAAAGAAACCCAAAACACCUACGGAGAGAAAACCAUCUCCCAGGGACCCUGAUUCAAAUAUUCCCAGAUCUACCGAUGGACCUACCCAAUAUGGUCCGAACAUAUGCGAUGGCAAUUUUGAUUCUAUGGCCAUGUUGCGGGGAGAAAUGUUUGUAUUUAAGGGUCUUUGGUUCUGGAGGGUUCGAAAUAACCGAGUACUCGACAACUAUCCAAUGCCUAUCGGUCAUUUCUGGAGAGGACUGCCACCCAAUAUUGAUGCAGCAUAUGAACGGCAUGAUGGAAAGUUUGUGUUUUUUAAAGGUGACAAAUUCUGGCUGUUCAAUGAAGCGAUGUUGGAGCCAGGGUACCCUCGUCAUCUGAUGGAACUUGGUGCUGGAAUGCCUCAUGACAGGAUUGAUGCAGCUAUUUGGUGGGAAAUCACUGGUCAGACAUACUUCUUCAGAGGUGACAGGUACUGGCGCUUCAGUGAAGAAAGGAGAGCAGUAGAUAAUGGCUAUCCAAAGCCUAUCAGUGUUUGGAAAGGUAUCCCACCUUCACCAAAGGGGGCCUUCCUUACUGAUGAUGGAGCUUACACGCAUUUUUACAAAGGUACCAAAUACUGGAAGUUUAACAACCAGUUGCUGAGAACAGAACCUGGUUAUCCAAAAUCCAUUCUUCGUGACUGGAUGGGAUGCCAUCAGGAUGUUGAACCUGGUUUUGAUGACAAGGAGCCUAAUUUUGAUAUUGAUGAUUUUGAUGAUGCUAAUGAUACUGAUGAUGAGGAUGAUGAAGAAGAUGAGACAACUGAAGAGAAGGGAAAAGAGAGAGAAGAAGAAGUGGAUAUCCAUAUUAACAUCCCUGUAGAUGACUAUACCAGAACAAUGAAUAUAGUAAUUGUCAUUGUUCCACUAAUUCUGCUGCUCUGCAUUUUGGGAUUGAUCUAUGCCAUACUCCAGCUGCAGAAGAAAGGCACACCAAGACUCCUGCUGUAUUGUAAACGGUCAAUGCAGGAAUGGGUUUGACUCUCUCAUUGAUGCUGUUACUAGAUGGCUCGCAGUUGGGUCACAGUCAUUGAGUCCAGGUGACAUUACUUCUCAAUUUUGUUGUUUUAUUUUAUACAGUCCUGCUCAAUGAUGUUAAAUAAGGCAUUAACAUAAGAAACAUAGAGAAUUUGGGGUAUUUUGAGAUGGUGCCAGUGUUAUCGGGUUAAAAGAAUUUGUGAUGUGGUUCCAAGGAAUGCUUUCCAUACCUCUUUAUCUCCAAACCCUUAAAUUGUGCUGAGUGGGAUGGUACAAAAGUUUGAAGCGUGGCCUGAGAAGGCUCCCAAGAGGAGUUUUACUGGCUAGAGAUGAUGAACUACAAGGCUUGAAAUAACUAAUACCAUAUGUGCACGUUAUUCAUUAGGAUUAAUUCAUAAAUAUUUUUUAUCUAAUCCCAUUGCUUUAGUCCUCUGAAAAAUCGCCACUCCUUAACUGAAAGAAGAUUUUCUGAAUAUUGGCUAGGAUCAUCAUGAUUUGGUGAUGGGACAACUGCUGAUAACUACAGUGAGUCUUAGAAAAAUCAUACAUUCAUUGGAGCAGGUACAAAAAAAUUGCCUUGUUUCUUCAUACCUUAGACUUAUUGCAGUUACAUUAAUUACAUUCAGUGAGCUUCAAUAAUACAACUAAGUAAUUGGGAGAUAUCUGCUAUUCCAUUGUACCUUUGUAAGUUACUUACUGUAACUUAUCACAAACACUUGGAAAUUGUCAUUUACUCUCCUAAUACUUAGACCUAGCUGAUUCAAUGAGAUGUCCUGUCAACAUUAUGAUUCUAAUGUGGUUACACUUGUUCUACGUACAGAAGGUAAUUUCAACUGACUUUAGUAGAGGACCAAAGAACUUUAUCAAUUUAUUUUUAAAGCUUUGCACUUGUGCCUUUCUGAUAGGUUUGGUUGUUGCUGCCAUAAAAGCAUCACAAAAAUAGUUUACCAGAAGUCCUGGCUUACCUUCUUAGGCUGAAAGCAGGGUCUCCUUGACAGUAACCUUACUCUGGGCUGGAAUCUAGAGGCUGAUGCCUGCUGAAUGCAGAUUUCUCUCUCCUGGCCGAAGACUAAAACCUGCUGAUUACAGUCAUUCUUAUCAAGCUAGAUCAAGAUAGAGUUCUAACUGGAUAGAGUUAACUGUUAAAAAUUCCCAUUAUGGAUCAUUUAUAUUCUGAUAGCUGUAGAAUAUAUUGUACAUAAAGAGUGAUGAUGUCCUUGUUAGCAUUCGAAUCUAUUAAACAACCUGUCCCUGGAUUGGAGUCAGAAUUGUAAUAGAAUGGAGAUAGUCAAUUAGUGGAGGAAAUUGCAUGAGGAUAAUUUGACAUCAAAUGGCUUUGACCUAAGAAGAAUGUCAGCAUGUAAUGAAUGUCUAAAGUAUGGGGUCAUCACUUUUUGCCAAGUACAUAAUUCAACUUUGGAAGAAUUCACAUUUGCAGCCUUUAGUUUAACAAAUGCUAGAAGAUCAUCAAGGUUGCCCUAAAAUAUAGCAAAACUUAACUUUCACUUUUAACUUUUUAUGAACUGCAGGAAGUUUUAUGAUGUGUUGUUUCUUCAUUAUUUAUCCAUAAUUCCCUCAAUCAAAUUACGGAGACCCCUGAUGAAAUUAUGGAGAAGCAUGGGGUCAGGUUAGGCAUAUAAUCAACAGAAUCAAACUCUACCUCUUCAUCUCCUCCAAAGGCUAUUGAUACAAUUUCUAUCUGCCAGUCCAGUAGAAAAAGUUGGGUGGUCUAAACUUUCCACAACUAGUAUUUCAGUAAAUCUGAAAUCUUUUCAGCAGCUGAUGAUUCCCAAAUGUCCAUUAAUUUCUGUAAUUGCACAUCAGUCUAAAUGAGACUCUAUAGAACUUUGUCGCAUUUCUCAUUCUCAAUUAUUAAGAUGACCUCUACAUUGCUACACCGCUUCCACCUUCACCUCACGUUCUUGUUUCCAUCUUGAACAAAGUACAACUUAUUCAGAACUCUAUGGUUCUCAUCCUGCACGCAAAAAUUCUUCAGUUGCAUCAUUCCAGUCUUUUCUAAACUCUGUUGGUUUACCACACUCCAAGAGUAUUGACUUCAAGAUUCUAAUGCUUUACCUGGAAUCCAUAGCUCCCUCCUGCAUUUCCUCCAUCCAUUUACCCACGUACAGUUAACUCCAACUUCUUGUUUUCUGUGACUUUAAGUACAUCAUUGGGCACACUUUCAGCUGUGAUGCUCUCUGCCUGUUCUCCUACUAUCUUUCGUUUUGCCUUUCAAACCUCUGAAAUGCAUUCUGUUUUAUUGUGCACUUUCUCUUAGAUACAUUUCAUCUUUCCUUUCUACUGUUCACAUUCUCCAAUGUCAAACACCUGUUUUUUUUCUUUUCAUGAGGAUCAUUAAAAAAUGUAAUUAAUUGUUGUGUUAACUAGACUUCCAGAAGGUUUUGAUAGAGUGAUGUCCAAGAAUCUGGAACAAAUUGAUGAAAGUUAAUGUAAAACCUGGAAAUGGUUAAGAAAGUGAUUGGUGGUUAGGAAGCAGCAUUCACUUGUUGACUUUUAUUGAGCGCACCAGUGGGGUGGAUAGUGGACAGAAAAAUUAUUGUGCUGUGUAGCCAAUAAGUUCUUUACGGGAAUUCCUUCUGUUUCAAGUAAGCCACAGCACUUUGGCUGUCGAAAUCUAAAAGUUAAUAUUUCAGAAAUGAAAAAAAAUUCCUAAAUCAGGUGGUGCAAUCAAUAUUAGUGAGGCAGUCAAGAAACUAAAGAAUGAGUUAGUUAAAUCUUUAAGUGGUAAUAGUAGUAAUGGUGAAACCAUGUGCAGGUAAAUGUAAAUUAUUGCACAUCAGAAGGGAAAUGAUUGAUAUGCCAUGAAUUAUUUUGGCAUACAUGAGGGUAAAACCAGGAGAAACUUAUGGUUGUCUCUCAAGUUGACAUUUGAAGUUAAAUAAUAUUAGAGCAGUUGCAAGUUUGAGCUACAUACAGCAUACGUAAGUUUGAAUAAAGAAUUAAUCUAUUAAACGCUAGUGUUUCUUAAAAAGACAUUUGAGUUCCCUAGGUGGUGCAUUGAAGAUCUAAUGCUAGAGAAAUAUAGUUAUAAGGGAACCCUAUAGAAACAUUGUUUCUUCCACCAUGACAGGAAAUGACUGAACGGUUAGCUUAAGGACAAUAUAAAAUGAUAAAGUUUGGAUCUUUACCAAGUUAGGCUUACAAAAGGGAAACAAUACACAGAUGCAAUCUAUCGAACGGUAAAUUUAGGUCUAAUGUCUGAAAGUUCUUUUGUAGAAUAAUCAAUAUUUGAAAUAGAUUUCUAGGCAAGGCAGCCAAAACUUUGAAAUCAUUAAGAGGCAAUUGAAAGAUGUGAUUAGGAUUGCAGAUAUUCCUGUAUGCACUUCUGUAAUGUUUCUGGAAUCCCACAUUUCAAUUCUGAGCCAGCCAGUCACAUGUUGCAUUUUGUCAUAAGAUGUAGGGAGACCAAAGGAAGAUUUAUUAUUUCUUGGAUAAUGACCAGAAACUGUGGAUUGCUACAGGGUCACAGCUUAUGUUUGAGAUUUGUUCAGACCGUCCACUCAAAACCUUGAUUGUCUGAUCCAAAGCAAAUGGGUGGCAAUUCUGAGCAGGACAUAAUGAGAUCACACUGGGUCUGUAUUUCACACUGCACAUUACUUUAAGUAUUUAUAAAAGGUGGGAACAUCUAACAGCCUUUCUCUUUAUUCUAACCUAACUGUUUCAAGUUGCAGUUUAAAGUUUAAAACUUUCAGGAUCACAGCUUAAAUGCUCAAUUAGAAUCAGAAUUAAUUUUUGUAUGGUAGCUCUUUAAUCAGUCCAAAAUGAUGUGGUGAUUUCAAGGUAUCUUGUGAAAUUGGUGCUAAUUUCUAGUAAUGGGAAGGUAUUCAACAGUGACUUCAUCAGGGUAUUACAAUGUGAUCUGGGCAGCUAACGGUGUAUAUUGUACAUAGUACAACCAGGCAGUCACAUAUUAGAUUUAUAUUGCGGGUAUUUACAAAACAAUAAUAACAAAUUAAAUAUGGGAGCAUUACCACUGAACUGUUUUUGUUGUCCGAUACUGGCUUCUGCACUUGUGUAAAUCAGCCACUACAGUGAUGGUAUCCAAACAUUGCUAAGCUGCAAUUAUGACUAUCACUAAAAAUCAUGCAGUUUUGAAACAAAUGUUAUACAUAUGGUUAUACUUUAGCUUCAUGUAUUUAGAGUUUCUGAUGUUCAUUUUUAAAUCGGUUCAUGCUGGGCGUGUGUUAAAAUUAAAUGCCACAAAUGAAACUCUCCGCUUUUGCAAUGACUAGUCAGUUGAUCCUUUCACAUUUUGUGAGAAUGCAAAGUGGCACAACGUGUAUCUGCACAUCCAUAACACCUGAAUAAGAAGUCAUUCUUAUCUAUAAUAAAAUGUUUGGACAAUAAA